AAGUGCUCCACGAAGGGGCCAGAAAGGCGGCAACGUGGUCGGUGAUGGCAACCAGUGCACCCAUGCACCCCUCGCAACACUGGACGCGCAUGGGCAGAUCAUCAUUCCCGGCUGCCUCGACUCUGCGUCUGGCCUCGCCGAUUCGCGAUUCUGGGACUCGCGCCGGCUUGACCGGUCUGUGCGCCACCCCAUUUCGCCUCCGCCCCGCCUCUCGCCCCUUCCCCGCCAUGACCCUCGUUACCUCCUCCCCUCUCGACUGGCUUCCCUUCCACCACGGGCCGUCGUUUCUCUCUUCUUCAUCUUUUUACUCAACCGUGUUAAUUCUCUCGUUCGCCUCCAGGCCUCAUGGCCUAUCCCCACACGCCGCAGCGCGGUCCCCAGAGUCAAGCUCCUCCUCCCGCGACAGAGGUUUCGUACUCAGCUUACUCGCCCUCUCCUUCGUCUGUGGACGCGUACAGACGCCGUAGCCAACGCAUCGAGCAAUGGACAAACCAGGUCCCUCAGUCUCCUAGCACCACUGUGGGCGCCAAGACCGCCGUUUGGAGCGACAGCCUCGGGACUGUCUCGGAGGAGGGCUACCGGCCCGUUGGUGCCCGGUCUCGCGAGCGCGGCAAGCCCCCCUCCUCGAACGGUCACUCAAAUGGUCACUCGCGUCAACAGCCACAGCACUUUCCAGCUCCCCCGCUACGGCGUCAACCUCCUGUCCCACUCCUCGCUCAAACGCCCCAGCACUACUCACAACCACAGCCCGAGCUCCCUCGAGGAGAGCACCUUACUCGCUCACCUUCCUUUAACCCUUCGCCCGCAUCCGCUUGCUCGGCUCGCUACGCGCGGGACGCGUAUCUUAACCAGGCGCUCGAACUACCACUCGACAUGCUGACGGAGGUUGCCGCGCCAGACGAGGUUUACCUGCCCGAGCCCGCGCCCAAACCCGGUCGCGUUGGCACCAUUCUGUCGCGGGCGCGCAGCACGGUCGGCCUCAAGGGAGCCGCCGCGGGCGCCACGCCUCAACAAUCCGCGGCGCCUCUACCAUCUGUCCUUGAUCAAUCGCAUGCCUUGAGCCACUCGCAAUCAAAGGCGUAUACAAGACGACAAUCUCAGCAGUCGCUUCGCAGUGUCCCAGAAAUGCAGGUGUGGCCCAAGUUGCCCGUCCAUGCACAUGCGCCACAAGUUGGGCUCGGUCCUGAGACUCGCCCCGCUGCCGCUCAGUCCCCAGCCUAUUCGUACGAGGACAGCAAGUGCUCUUCAAUGCAAACGUCUGACUCUGGCCACUCUUUCGUCAAAGCGGAUGCUGUUCCUUUGGCACAAUCAGGCGCGUUUACCGCUGAGCCCCACACCGUCAACGGAGGAACGUCUCAUAGACGAGCAUCGCUACAGCCCGCGAUCGCCGGCACACCUUCCUCACUGAAUCAAAACCCAAUCCCUGCCUCGCAGCUUACGCGCCGCACCACAUCGAAGGGGAAUCAUCAAGCUCAGAGCGUCGGCGUUUCCGGAGAUGCAGGCGGACCGGUCGAGCAGAUUACGUCUCCUCGGGACAUCCGCUCCCGUUAUUCCUCAGCUGCCACUGGCCGCCGCCCCGUCUUGACGAAAUCAGCCUCGGUCGACGGACAAUUUCACACUGGCAAGCGUCUUGAGCGCGCUCCUUCGUUGGCAAGUGAGCACACAGCGUAUGAGAACGGCAUCGUGUUCUCGCCCUCGAGCGCAAGUGUUGCAAACGUCCGCGACAAUGGCGAUCACAUAACCUUCGAGGUACCUGCUGCACGCCGCGGCAAGCUACACGUGUCUCUGGCGUGGUUCCCGGGCCGGCGAGGUGCCCAGAGCCAGCCCGACCCUCGUGGACCCGCCGCAUCUCACGGCGCCAGUGCGCCGGAUCGGCGUGCCUCCCUCCACGUCCCGCCUCACGCCCGGGAGACUCCGACGCGCCGCCGAUCUCUCUCGGCUUCCGAAGUUCUCAACAACGCGGCGCCUGGCGUAGCUUCCUGUCCCGCCCCACUGCCAGGACACGGAGCUCCACAACAUGGCGCCCCCGCUGGCUCCUACGUACCUGGCGUGGUGCAACCACAUGCGCCGGGGUUCCCUCUAUACUACGCCGGCCAAGUGCCACAGCACUUGCCUGCUGCGCAGCACUUCAUAGGUCCACAGAUACCUCUCGGUAUGCCUCCGGCCGUGCAGCAGGUCGCCCCCGGCGGAUAUCCUAUGCAGCCGAGCUACAGCUAUCCGCCUGUUCAGCCGCCAAUGCAGGUGCCGGUGCAACAACCCCCGGGCAUAUUGCCAUGGACUCCGGGGCCCGUACCACUACCACAUAUGCCAACGACGGCGAGCCGGCCACCGGUGGAUCCGCGAGCGACUGUGGGCCGCGGCGCGCCUCCAGGCCACAAGCAGACGCCACCGCGCGCCGCGACGUUCCCGGCGCCCUCGCCAGGCAGUCCCUGGCGCAAGCUUUGGCCGUUCGGCAAGCAUCACGACACGUUCUUGACUCCCGCGGCGACCAAGACUACGCGCUUCGCCGAGCCGCACGUGACGGACCCCCAGACGCAGAAGGACCUGGAUCGGCAGCGGCGUGCGCAACGGCGGGAUGAGCGGGCUAAGCGCAAGUCGACCGGCGCGGAUAAGCAGGGUGAACGGGGCAACGGCAAGUAGCAUUACGCACACACGGAGCAGAGCUCAACCACAACAACAUACUUUCCCUCCGACGCUGGCGUUGAGGCUGCGGCUGCAGAGCAGCCUCGAUCUGGGAAGACAUAUAGAUGACGAUCAUUAUGCCACUUGCAGUUUCUAGCGCGUCUGUGCCCACCACCCG